UUAAAAUAUGAAUCUAAAGCAUGUGCAUAGCUUGAUGAUUUCUUCCAAGUGAAGGUACAUAUAUUAGAAGCCUUAAUACCGAAAGACAGUGAGAUAUUAUCUGAAUAUUGUGCUGCUGUGUCAAAUUUGAUAGGGAAAGUUCAUGGCUGCUCCAGUUAAAAGCUCAUGGGUCCUUGGAAGCAAUUCAGGGAGAUUUGAUUUGCUAAAGCCACAUGGCAGCAACUGGUAUGAUGGACCCCAUUUUCUAUAACAAAGUAUAUGAAGCUGCAAAUUAAUUUAAUAAAAACAAGACACUAAAAGUCAAGGACAUUAGUGUGUGCUUGAUCUUUAUAGCUUGUUCAUCAAACCAUAAUUAAAAAUUUUUUAAUAAAAACAAUCUUCCUCAUUAAAUAUAAGAUAAAUUGAAACCUUACCUUUACUCUAUAUAUAUACCAGGUCCAACAGAAACCUUGAUCUCCACAAAUCUAUCUUAAACUCCAUGUAUGUUCCCACCAUGAAACAAACUAACAUCUUCCAAGAUAUUCUUGUAAGUUGUUACUCAAGAAGAUUACUACUUGAACAAUCACCAAGUCCGACACCGUCCCCAUAUGUAGAAGAUAACAACUUUGAUGCAAAUGUUGUUAUGGUCCUAUCAGUCCUCUUGUGUGCAUUCCUUUGCUCACUUGGACUCAAUUCUAUAAUAAGAUGUGCCUUGAUGUGCUCCAGUUUAGCACCAUCGGAAGCUGAUAACAACCAAACAGCAGCUCGCAUGACCAACACAGGAGUCAAACGGAAAGCCUUGAAGAGUUUCCAGACAAUAAGUUACGCUGCUGAUCUGAAUCUUCCUGGCCUAGACACAGAGUGCGUCAUAUGUCUCUCAGAGUUCGUAUCCGAAGAGCGUGUGAAGCUGCUGCCGACAUGCCACCAUGGAUUCCAUGUCCGGUGUAUAGACAAGUGGCUUAGUUCACAUUCAUCAUGUCCAACGUGCAGACACUGCCUCGUGGAGACCUGCCAGAAGAUUGCCGACUGCAGCCAAACAAGGUCGUUGAACCCUCCUCAACCACCACAAGACAGCAUCAUCGUGCAAAUAGCACCACUACAACCAGAAAGAUGGAUACGCUGUUUUAGGUGACACUAGUCACCUAGAGAUAGUAGCAGUUAUCUUGUUUAAAACUACUAUGUGUUUAGAAUUAGUCAAGAUCACUAGCGGUCUACAAGUUUAGCAAUUCUACUGUAAAACUGUAAAUAUUACGAGAAAUGUUACUUUUUCGCAUCUUGAUGUGACCUCCUAAAA